AUGCCCAGACCCCAAACUCGCUACCAGAACGGACAGGAAUCAACAAAAUCGCCAUUGAAGGGCAUUAAUACGCAUUGGUUCUUUCAGUCAAUCAAGUACGGACCUGGACACGAAAAGUUUCCUUCGUGGCCAGUGCCGGCGGCUGCAGAAGCCUCCGCGCGCGCCUCCUCCGGAGGAGGUUCUAGCAGGUCCAAAUCCUGGACAGAUCACACCAAUUAUCCUAAAGAGAAGACGAUAGCAUACACCAGACCACACAUGAAGCGCCAACAUUCCCAAUACACGCAACAGAAGCUGAAAACUGUUAUGGAGCGAUGCGAAAAAAUUCCCCCAGAAACUUUCGAGUCGCGCCAAUCCGAGAAACUGAACGAACGCUUAUUCUUGCCCAACGUCGACCACGAUGGAAAGCCUUUAGGCGAUGUUGACUACAGCGUGCCUUCGCCACCCGAACGGGAAUACUCCAAACCGCAACUAACUCAGAAGGACCUGGAGGAGUACGCCAGAUCCUAUCAAGAGCCGGUUAAAUUCGAGUACGAGACUCCUCAGGACAGCAAUCACAGACUAACCGAGAGUGGUUUAGAGGAAUUCAUGGAGUACAACCGAAAUUAUGAGGAAUCCUUGUUCAGCUCUCUAACCUCCAAACAUGAAGAUGGCAUUCUCACGCAUAUUCAACAUCAAAAGCAAGUGUCCUAUGCCCAGAGUGAGGGUUAUCACAGCUACGUUUCUAGCACUGAUUCCACAUCAACACCAUUUUUGGAUAGACUCAGGCGAGAUAGCGAUGCCGUGGUAUCGCGUCCUCAUUCUUCGACAACAUGGGAAGAAGAAUCAUCCUGUUCGAGAAGAGAAGGCAGAGACAGUGUGGUCACCACUAGCUCCGGAAGUGCUUCUUCUAGUGAAACCCUCAAAUGGCAUGGUUCAAUGAGCGAUGUCUCAGUGGCUAGCAGCUCUUGCACCCAUCUUGCCAGCCCUUCCAGUUCUUCGUCAAGGCAAUUAAUCGCUCAUAGUGCACGCGUUCAGACCCCUCAACGCCACCAUUCCGAAAGUGUCUUGUACAUGAGCGGACAAAGUGAGGGCAAGAAAGUGCCAAAGGAGGGUUGGCCAGAGAAAGAAAAGCGAAACAAUAGUGUAAAUAAGUUGAAAUUGUUUCCUGUGAAUACCUACACGGUGCAAGAUGGAACAGGCGAUCGGCCACUGGAAAGCUCGAGUGGGGGAAUAAAUAAUAGCUCUAAGAAUAGAUUAUCAUUAUCGCUGCAAUCAGCUCUCUCCGUUGCUGACCGUAUCAGCGAGCUGGAAAAGCAACAGAAAUACUCAUACUUAGAUCCAAAUAAGAAACACAAAGUUCCUGAUCCUACUCUUAAGGCAAUUCAGAAAAAGGCACUUUUAUCGUUCUACGAACGGCACCAGCAGAAUGGCAGCACAGCGAAGAACCCAUGGAGGUCCGAACCACAAUUAGCUGACAGUCAGCAACCGCUCAGCGUACCGCAAGCGACUCUACCAAAAGUCAGACCGUCGCUACCUUCCAGACGCGCUUCAUCAGCUAGCGAUUAUGCUUCAGCAAACAAUUCGAAGAGAAGCAGUUUGGCUUCGUCCUUAGAGUCUCGGACUACCGAUCAUAUAGGCAAUGGAAAAUCAACGCCUCGGCACCAACACAGCAACUCUUGUGGCAGUUUAUCCACCGAUCUACUUGGCCCAGUAAUAGUAGGUCAGGCCAUAUCAGUGGACGACUAUGUGCCGGAAAAACCUCCAGAACGGCCGCCUAAAAACCCAAAUCUCCGAACCGCAUUUCCGGAUUUGUACUUGGAACAACGGGUGCCCAGUCCGGACCUGCCGCCUCCAUCACCUCCCACUGUUUUCGAUCAGGAGGUGAUUGAUAAUGGCGAUCCGCUGCCACCGCCACCUCCAGAAUGCGAAUCCAAUUGGCACGAUUUUAAUGACAGAUUGAAGUCAAAUUCGACUUCCAGCCACCAAAUACCUCAGGCACAAGUUCAGAAACCGAGCAACGAACUCAAGCAGACCGCCCUUAACCAGAACGUCGGUAUUCCUGAACGUUCCAUGCGAUAUUCGCUGAUCAAAACCCGACCAACUGAUCACAUCAUUCACCAAGUUAGCAGCAAGCCUUAUCAAGCCUUUGCUUCUGAUCCGAAAAAUGCGGGUUCUGAAGAACCUCUAGGGUUCCCCAGUCAGAGAGGCUAUGCGGAACGAUCGAGCACACGGUACCCGAGCACCCAAAAGUUAGUACUGAACGGAAAUGUUGCGGUCAGCCAGAAAGUGAAAGGUCUUGCCGAUCAGCAUCGCCCUGAGCCGUUGAAAUCCACUCAUCGGGAUGAGUUUAAGAAGCAAGCUGCCAAUGCAGCCGCCAGAAUUGAGACUCAUAGAGCCCAGAGAGCUUCAAUAGCUGAAAGCCCAGUGAAGGAGGCGCCGCCUCCACUCCAACCCAGACAUAUGCGAAUAAACCAGAGCAUGAGAGCUAAGCCUUCACACGAUCAUCGCUCUAGAAUGUCGCCACCCAAAGAAGGGCUGCGGGAGAGUCGAUCAUCCUCUUUGAGCCAAUCGAAAGCAUCCUAUCUGGCUUCGAGAAGAGACCGGGAGCUGAUCGUUUCCGACUCUGAAACUGGAAGCUACAAACGCACGAUGUCGCCCAAUGGACAUGCCAUCACUCCUGAAGUGAUCAGUGAGCCGCAGAAGACGAAUAGUAGGGAAACUGUAUGGCCGCUGAUCCGCCAAGCGCGUGAGGGAGUGAAGAGCAGCAGCAGUAUCCUGCGAAAGCCUUCGAUGAACAGCAAGAGCAAAAAUGGUGCAAGUUUCAAGGAGGUCAAAUGUGAUAGUAAACUGGAGGAAAUUAGGACGUCCAAUUCGGUGCUACCUGAUGUGCUGCCUGUGAAUGCCAAGAUGAUCCCCAGAUCUCCGCAGAGCCCGUAUAAACGGCCUACGCACUUAAGUUUUUCUUCGAUUAACGGCGAUGGGGUGGUGAAGAAAUCUCCGGUUAAGUCGCCCCCCUGUUCUCCACCGAAAAGCCCUUCCAGAAGCUCACCAUUCACCCCAUUAAGGACCACGACUCUGUCUUCUCCUUCAUACUCGGUUUCUCCUGUAAGUUCCUCGUCGCUGAGUCUCCGGCCCUCACCCCCGAUCACGUCAACACCAACAAACAGGCCUGUUAGUACUAGUAGUAUAAGUACCAGAACGUCUCCUCAGGCAAUCGCUAGGGAACCGCCUUUGAUCAAAGCCUGCCUCUCCCCAGUGGGUUCUCCUAUAAAAUUGUCCCCUUUGCGAGGUUCUUCUCCAAGCUGUGCUUCCACAACGACAGCGAAUGUUUCCAACAAAUCCACUCAGAACAGUAACUCGCCAGCUCCCUCACCAAAAAUUUUGGACUCUCCAACCGCACGAUCUCUCUCCCCUAAAACGCCCGACUAUUACCCGAAAGUAAUCGAGGGACUUCAGCUGAUCCAAAGGACUGAAGUGGUUUUAAGAGUGAACACCACAACGAGCGAUGCAGCUUCUCAAACGGAGAAGCACGAACUGCCUCCAACUCCUCUGCCCAUCAGGAAGAAGCUGCAGGAGGAAAUCGAAUGCGAGAAGUUGUCGCAAGACUUCGUCAACCACCUGCCUACGUCGGAUAGACUGAAAGAUCUUUUAGUUCCUGGGCCUGAGCACAAAAAGCCCACAGAUUAUGUACAGGGGCUCUUCAAAGUCGAUGUCACUCUAAAGCCACGACCAGCCAAUUCGCCCUUUCGAAGCAAAAACAACACGCCUAGCAGUAGUCCACCUCCAUCCUCCAGUUUCGCAUCGGGCAUGAAACCUUCAAGCAACAAAUUGAGUUUGCCAAAAUCACCCGAACCAACCAAACCGUUGUCUUGUUCAUCUGCUUACUUCACCACAUCGGAACCGAAAGCAAAAUUUUUGAACCGAUACAGUCAGGACAUGAAUCAAUGCCAUGCUGUUAAAGACACCAAAGAUUUAAGUCAAAAGAAGGAAGAACUUGUUAAUCGGCUGGAUAAGAAACUGGAAGUGCUACGAGGAGAAGCCCUGAUUGUAUCAGAUGAAUGCAAAGUGAACGAUGAGCUGGGAGUGAACGUGGAAAACUACAUAAAUCGAGUGGCUAGUCCUCAUGAGGUGUCCAAGUUCCGGUUGCAUAUAGAAGAAGUUGGAAAAAUCACCAGUCUUUUGUUGGGUUUGAGUGGAAGACUUGCUAGGGCAGAGAACGCGCUCAUGAACAUGACAGACGACCAUCCAGAACGGAGAAUCUUGGAAUCCAAACGAGACAAACUGCAAGACCAGUUGGAAGAAGCGAAGAAACUGAAAGAUUGCAUAGACAAGCGAAGCAUCAGCGUUUCCAAUAUUCUAUACAAAUACCUCAACUCGGAAGAAUAUGCGGAUUACGAUCACUUCAUCAACAUGAAAGCUAAGCUGAUUAUGGACUCGAAGGAAAUUAACGAUAAAAUCAAGCUGGGCGAAGAGCAACUGGGUGCUUUGAAGGAAACUUUGAUUAUCACAGACUGAGUCAGAGGGUGGUUGUACAAUUUGAAAAUUCAUCUGGAGGGUCAAUGAUGAAGAUUGAUAUGUGCUAGUCUCUGAAAUGGAGUGCUACCGGGAUGAGGAAAUUGAGGCAAUUUAUAAUUUACAUUAAAUGGGUUAUCUGAUAAAUUGCCACUAUAGUGCUGUUGAUUAAGCGACAAUCUAAAGAAUUCUGUUGUAAUUGCGUUGCUGUACAUCUUAUUUACUAUUUUAUUUUUACAAUGUAGGGUUCACCUCGCAGCAAUCGUUUAGUUUGCCUAAAUAUUUAACACGAAUUGGCCAAGAACCUCUUACUGUUUUCGGCAAAUGGAUAAGACGGUGCUAAAGCCAUGAAUGUUAAGGAAAAGCCACAAAACAUAUCCAUUGGGUUGACUAUGUUUUGGAUUUUCCCCUGAAAACAAGAUGGGCUGUUAUAUUUUGUGCAUUUUACUAGGUUUUUUUGUAAGUUAAAAUGGCAAGGCUGAUGAUUACAGUACAAACAGGGCUUAAAUGCAUUUGGCUUAAAAGUAAUUGUAUACGUCUCAUGUAAAUAUUAGAUUAACUUUAUGUUAGCCGUUUUGUACAAAUUAAGAAAAUUUUUUUUAAUCGUCACCCUGUUUUUAGCCUGUUUCUCGACGCAUUGCCAGCAAAACAUCUUCCUACCAAGUAUUUAAAUAAUGUUAGUGUAAUGGAUCGAGCAGUCAAAAUUUUGCGCAAAAACCAUAUCGCAGAAACAUGUGUACAUAUAAAAGGAAUUUUUCUAUUACGAAAGGAACUUUUUUAAUUACGGUGCUCUGACAUUUUCUAAAUAUCCUUUAAGUUGUUAUAUUGUGAUUUUUUUAGUGUAUUUUAAACCAUAAUUAUCAGUACGUUUCGUAAAGUUUUUAAUUUAUAAUAGGUUACUAUAUAGAUUGCAACUGUGUCAAAAUGUGUAAACGACCUUCUUUCAGCUUUAUGCAGUGCUUGCAGAUAAUACAUUAGUGUCUUUAUAA